AUGGGUCUGUUGACCUCCCUCCCGAAGCUACCCCUCGUUGGGUCCAUCCUCCUCGUCCUCUGCUCGCUUUUCACCCCCGCGACGGCCUACACCGAGGUUGGCGACGAGGCCCUCCGCGCGAUCCCCUCCGGCGGCGACAGCUUCGAUAUCCAUACCGGCUCCCUGCUGGCGCCGAUCCUUAUCCCUCGCGUCCCCGGCACCCCCGGCUCGGCCAAGGUGCAGCAGCACUUUGUCGACUUCUUCCGCGCGCAUUUGCCCGAGUGGACGAUCGAGUGGCACAACUCAACCUCCAAGACGCCUGCGACUGGGGACAAGGACAUACCCUUCACCAACCUCAUCUUCCGCCGCGACCCCCCUUGGACAAAGGACGGCGAGGUCGAGCGCCUGACGCUUGUUGCACACUACGAUAGUCUGGUCCAUCCUGAUGGCUUCAUCGGAGCCAUUGACAGCGCGGCACCUUGUGCGAUGCUGCUCCACGCCGCCAGGAGCAUCGAAGAUGCGCUCGUGAAGAAGUGGAAGGCCAUGGAGGCUUCGGGCGAUGCUGGAAAUGGACUCGAGGAGGAGAAGGGAAUCCAGAUCAUCCUUCUUGACGGAGAGGAGGCUUGGGUUUCAUGGACCGAUACCGAUUCGCUCUACGGAGCCAGAGCUCUUGCCCAAAGCUGGGAGUCCGAAAUACACCCCAACUCGAUCUACAAGACCGGACUUUCGUCCAUCAGCCUCUUCCUCCUCAUCGACUUGCUGGGCGCCCCAAACCCGCGAAUCCCCUCAUAUUUUGCUUCUACCCACUGGGCGUACAAGAAAAUGGCCAAGAUUGAAGACCGCAUGCGCAAGCUCGGUGUGCUUGAGUCCGAUCCGAAACGCCCUUUCCUCGUGGACAAGAACAAGAAGAACGGUGGAUUGAGCCAGGGAUACGUUCUGGACGAUCAUGUGCCGUUCAUGGAGCGCGGUGUUGAGAUUCUGCACAUCAUUCCUACACCGUUCCCGGACGUGUGGCACAAGAUUACGGAUGAUGGCGACCACCUGGAUCUGCCCACCGUUCGUGACUGGGCACGCAUUAUCACGGUGUUUGCGGCUGAGUGGAUGGAGGUUGAUGAGUUCCUCCCGAAAAUCGCGGAGUCUGAGACGGCUCAUGACGAGCUUUGA